UCAACUGUUUUAGUUUUGAAAGGCCUUCUGCAGUAGCACAGUUUGCAUACCCUCAGAAUCUAAAACCAUGGCAUUAGCUGGUCGUAUGGGCCAACUCUAGGUGAAAUGGCUUUGGUGGCUUUCGCAAUAUAACUUUCUUCACUUUUGACGGUUUUGAACAUCACAAAUGGAAUUAGCAGAUCGAGCAGUCGGGCUACUACUAUCUUCGAUCAGCUUAUCCAUAUUCACAUACUAUACUUUCUGGGUCAUCAUCCUGCCAUUUGUAGAUAGUGAUCACUUCAUCCACAAGUACUUCUUGCCCCAAGACUAUGCCAUUCUCGUACCUGUCUUCGCUGGCAUAACCCUCCUCUCUCUCCUUUCCGUAUUUAUCGGCAUGGUCAUGCUCAAAUCAAAAAAGAAGAAGGCAUAAUUUCAACCUUAGCUUUAGACAAAGUUCUGAUUAUUUUCUUAAGUUGUGCCUACUUUGUUUUGGUCUUUGAGAUUAUUAGUCCUGAAGUUUAAAUGGUGUAGUUGAACCCGUCCGAGACGUCCUAUUGUCUGAAUACGUAAAGACAUACUAUAAAAUUCAAGUUUUGGUUUUCUUGGAAA